CAAACCACGGCAUGAAACCUUCGGCUCUGAAGCACAUCACAGUUUUUUCUCCCCACACUCACACUCUGAACAAAAUCCACGUGCCUCCCAAAGUCCUCGUGCCACCCGUUUUCCACCCUCCCAAAUGGAGAAGGGCCCUGGCCAGGGAAGGGGGAUCUGCCUGCAGCCUGCAGGACUGCCAGGACUCGGACUCUGAGAGCCUCCCUGAGGAGGGGCAGGACCAGCUGGGGCUCCAGCAGAGGAUCCUGGAGAAAGAAGAGCUGCUGGGACUGUGUUCUGAUGAGCUGGACAAUGACAGCCUGGAGGAGGACAGCCUGGAGGAGGUGAGCUCGGGAGAAGACCCCAGUCCAAACGGAACACAGAAGGAUCGAGGGAAAAAACAGUCUGUGGACAAAUAUUCCAGCCUAAGGUACAGUCCUAAGUGGAAGAACACAAGAAAGGCAGGAAAAGCGUCUCAAGCUGGAGGAAGCAGUGUGGACUUUUCACAGGAGUCAUUUUACCUCCACUCCAGUGGCUCCUCAGAAGAAAAGAGCCAAGAGGAGGCAGAAGCACAGGAUUCAUUCUCAGAGUUCAGUUCAGAAUUUUUAAGCUUUCAUGACCCAAAUGUCCUGGUCAGCAAUGAGCCCCUUGGGCUACAGGCCAAAAAGAAGGAAUCUGCAGAUGGUUGUCAGUCCAGAGAUCGACCACAAAGAGCAAAAAAAAACUUUGUGAAGAAAAAUAAACAGACCUUAGGAUUGCCCUCAGAGAGGAUAAAUUCCUAUCUGGAGUUGCACAAUAAAAAGCAACAAGUUCUUCAAGAGCAGGUUACAGAUCCUAAAGCAGUUGAAGAGGAAGAACCACCACCCCAGACUGUGAAAAAGAAGCCUGAAGACAACCUGAAAGGGCAGCAGCUCAAGCCACGUGGCCCCAAAGUCUGCAUAAACCUGAACGUGAAGCUCGGGGGCCUCGGACCUGACUACGAAGCCAUCAAAGAGAAAAAGCAGAAAUUAAAACUGCAAAAGGAAUAUUCAAGGCAGAUUAAGGAAUACAACAUGAAAAAUAUUACUUCAGUUCAGAAGUUACCUGCCAAACCUCAGGUCACACCUUCAGUGUCGAGACAGAAGGCACUGGAAUAUGCUAAGAAGAUUCCAAGGCCAAAGACUUUCAUGACAAGACCAUCAGACAAAGAGGGGAAAGAGGAAGUUGUGCCCCAGAGUUCAGAUGGAAGCAGUUUCCCCCAAAUCCCAUCCCUGGAGACGCUGCGAAGCAGACACGAGAAGGAGAAGGAGGUUGUGGCUGCUUUCAAAGCCCUUCAUAUCUUAUAAGGGAUAUAUCUGAAAAUAUCUGGGAUAUCUUCAAAUCAGAAGUGCCUGAACUACUUGAUUAUGAGCUCUGACCAUCCAUCACAUAUUGAUUUACCAGCCCAUUGAAAUAUGAAGUGGCUCAAGUUUAAUCAUUGUUACAUUUUGGGCUCAGUUCUACCACAGCUUUUUUUUUUUUU